GGAUUCCCUCCGUCAUUCUGAUUCGAUUUCCCUCAGGAAAACCGGUUCCCGGCUUGAUCCAGGCCACUUCCAAACGGUUCUAUCCCCAAACUGGCCGAUCAAAUAGCCGCCAUGUCCGGACCUAACCUAAACCUGGACUACGAUCCGCUCGAGGGACCUUCCACCCGGAUCUGGAAGCCCAAGGAGGAGUUGAGCGAACGAAAGCUCGAGCACUUGAAAUCGUUCAUCGGCAAGUUUAUGGACAACUUUUUGCGGUGGAAGGCCGAAAGGGCAGCGGCGUCGAAUAAGGAAGGAGAGGCAAUUCCUGAAACAGGUUCCGAACGCAGUAGCGACGAGGUCAAGCAGAAGCAGAAGGACGUGGGCGAAGUGUCGUCCGCGAGUAAGAUGGCUUCCAUGGAGCUGGACCGCGAGAAGUUGGAAACUAUCCGGAAUCUUUCGCGGGAGAUGGGCUCGAUGUUGGGUCCGGAACAGAAGGUGGCGUGCGGGUUACUGUUCAACAUGGCCAUGAAGGAGAUCAUUUUCUCGUCGGGCCAGCCUGACGAAGGGCAGCUGCAAAAGAUACAGGGCAUGAUUCGCGAGCUGAGUGCGAACUUGCCGAGGUCGCAACGGUUUGUCUUUGGCGCGGUGUGCAACAUGGCGAUGCAAAAGUUCCGGCAGCAGGUGGAGGCACGGCACGGCGAGGAAAAAGAGCAGGCUCCCGUCGAUAAAGAUGAUAUUGAAUUUGAGCUGGAUUAGCUGGAAAAGUGUCUGAACAAAAUGGAUUUGUUAUUGCGCUAUUGAAGUAAUAAAUAAAUGUGCGCGUUCUGUAAA